CACAGACAGAAGAAACCAACAGCACACAGAAGAGAGUGCCCAGCAUUAAGAUGCCUGUCAGAACACCAUCAGCCACAAUCAUACCUGAAUCUCAGAAGCCAGGAAGAAAAACAAAACCUGGACUUGCUCCUGUUGAAAAAAAUCCAGUCUAUGAUCCAAAUAUUCCAGAGCCCACAAGCAGAGCUGAGCUCCUGAAAUAUUGGAUCAAUCUCUCUCUGGAUGAAAGGACUGCCCAGAAGUUGCUAUGGAUUUCAGAGGGUGGUGCCAAGGUGUCCCGCCUGACUGAGGAAGUUUGUCCCUACCUGGACAGACCAGAGAGAUAUGACCACUCACCACAGGUGCUCUGCAAGGAGGGUUUAUGGGGUACAAGAGGAUACUGGGAGGUGGAGUUUUCAGGUUGGGUUGUCAUUGGAGCCACAUAUGAAGGAGCAGGAAGAAAGGCCCAUGAUGGGCCCUGUGGCCUUGGAGAGAAUGAUGAAUCCUGGGCUUUGGGUUGGGCAGGAUCCUGCUAUCAUGUUUGGCACAAAGGGGAGAAUGUUGAAAUCCUGGGGGUCCCCUACUCUGCCACUCUUGGGGUGUACCUGGACCAGCCAGCUGGUAUCAUAAACUUCUAUGUGGUGGAGAGCAAGCAGGAAGGAGAGGAGGGUACAGGGAAGAAAGAGGUUAAGCCCCUUUACAAGUUUCAGGCUCCAAUAAAGGAACGGAUUCUGCCAGGUUUCUGGGUCGGGAGAAUGUCUUCCUGCCUGAUACUUAAGAAAGAGGAGUGAGGGGAGAAGAAGUGAAAAAAAAAUAGGAGAAGGGGAAAGGAAACAUUGAGGGCAAGGGUGGGUUACAAUAGAAUAGAAUUUUUAUAUGUAAGGGAAGGGGAAAGGAGGAACAUUUAAAAAUAACUGAGAAUAAAGGAUCGAAGAAAAUAGAAGGCAAGGGAGGAAAGCGAACAAAAUUAACCAAUUGCCAAUAGCAGUAUUAUUGUGUUAUCAAAUGUAUUGUCAGUGGAUGACUCAAUGCACAAUUACAUAUGCACUCAGAAAGAGUUUUACAUUACUCUGCUAUUACACAGAGAUCUGUUGGGUUUUAAAUAAAGAAUUAUAGUGGUCAUUCCAUUCCAAGUAACUGUCAAAAUCUAACAAGCUUCAUAGCCACUUUAGACUGGAAUUGUCCUCUAACUGUGUGGUGGAAGAUUGGGUGUAAUUUGCUGUUCUACUACAUAAGGGUGCCCACAUCUGCAUGUUCAUAGGGUUCCAUGCUGGUUCAGACUGUUAAAUGAAUGGCAGAUGAAUAAUUCUGUCCAGUACAGCAAAUCUGUAUGUAUGAUUGUUAAUUAGGGCAAACUAAAAAUGCCAAUUCAUGCUAUAAUAAUUUCCUUGUGUAGAACUAAAACAACAACAACAAUAAUAAUAACAAUAUAUGUUGUUGUAAUAAUUUAU